AUGUAAAAGUAAAUGCCUGGGGGUAAUGGACAUCUGAAUGACGAUCUUAAAUUAAACGAAAUUGUUUACUUGGGUGCUCACAAUUGUGCCAUGUCCAAAAGUUAUGGGUGGAUUUAUGCAUAAUAAAAUGUCACAAUUACUGAGCAAUUUGAGAAAUACGGUGCUCGACACUUCAAGGUACCUCUACAUUGGUACUCAAACAAUAAUGAUCCUGAAGUACAUCUAUACAAUAUUUUCGAGAUAGUAGUUGCUCACGAAUCAGAUGGGAAAUCCAAUUGCCAAUUGACUCUGAUGCAGAGAGCCUUAAAAAAGCCAGAGUCAGCUCAUUCGCGAUUAAAAGAAAUUGUGGAUCUCUCUUUUCAAUACCCUGAUGAAAUUAUCAUUUUAAAGAUAGAAAGCAAACUAUUGUGUAAUAGUCAAAAAAAUGGAACUGAGCAUUUUGAUCCUUCGUUAUCUAGCAUUAUCUUGCACAGUUUACUGGUUGAUCUCAAAGCAGAUCAAAGGGCUAUCAUACUUAAAAAUGACACUGAGAUUCCAACUUUAGGUUGGUGUCGAAAAAAUAAACAGACUUUAUUAAUUACUAUAGAGCCAAAGGAGUAAAGAGUAGGAGACCUAUCCAAAUAUACAUACUAUUCAUAUUCCAUAAGUGCUUAGGUGGAUUGGGAGGCAGAUCCUUUGAAGGAUGUGUAAAGUGGAGAUGUGGCAAGGGGGAAAGUCAAUAAAUAAACUGGUGAAAUAUUGUCACCUUUUCUAGAAAUUCAUUUUUGUCCUUAAAAUUCAUUAAAACUCGAUUCUUCAUAUAGGGAUAAGUACAACUCGUAUAAUCAUGUGAGAUAGAGAUUCUUGUAAUACUUUUUUAAUUGCAUAAAAAUGCCAAAUUUUUUGGUUGCUGAUUUUAUAGAUUAGGGGAAAUUAUCAAAUAUUGUUGAUGAUGUGAAUUUAAUUGUGAAUUCUAAUGGUAUAUUCUUGCCUGAAUUGUUUGAAGUAUUGUGA